GCGGGGCGGGACUGCGGCCGGCGUCAUGGCGCUCCUCCUCCGCAGGCUGCGGCUGCUCUUCCGAGAGGCGCCUCCUCGGGCUGCGGGAGGCCGACCUGGUAGCCUGGUCCUCGGCGCCAGGGCGGGACACGGGGACGCAGGGUCUCUUGCAAAGCAUGCACCACCUCUCACCAAGAGUGAGUGGCGAAAGAAGCUAACUCCUGAGCAGUUCUACGUCACCAGAGAAAAAGGCACUGAACCGCCUUUCAGUGGGAUCUACCUGAAUAACAAGGCACCAGGAAUGUAUCACUGUGUGUGCUGUGACAGCCCGCUCUUCAGUUCUGAGAAAAAGUACUGCUCCGGCACUGGGUGGCCUUCGUUUUCUGAGGCCCACGGUGCGUCUGGCUCUGAUGAAAGCAACACAGGAAUCCUGAGACGUGUGGACACCUCACUGGGAGCAGCUCGCACAGAGGUUGUCUGCAAGCAGUGUGAAGCUCACCUCGGCCAUGUGUUUCCUGAUGGACCUGGGCCUGCUGGCCAGAGGUUUUGCAUCAACAGUGUGGCCCUGAAGUUCAAACCAGGGCCACCCUGACGCUCUCCAGGAGUCCCUUUCCCUUGCCACUCCUUCACUUACACCCUCAAUUUUCAAAAUUCCUGUGACUGACUUGUUUUAUUUAAUACUAAACUGGGCUACAUUUGCUGCUGGCACCAAGCAAGUCACAACUUCUCUAAUAUAUUUAUCUGGAAUGAACUCGUCCCUGACUCCUGCUCUGACUGAGGAAUUUCACAGAAUGACAGAAGGGCAGCCACUUCUAGCCACUGACUUCUGUAGGCUCUGCCUGGGAUGCGAGGGCAUGACUCUUAGGAGGCUAAUGGACUGUAAGCCCCCAAAUUCCUACAAAACUACCCUGAACUUUCCAUUGCAGUUAAGCCCUUCGUGGAUGUAUAUACAUGAGGUAUUAAGUGAAAAAGUGGAAGGAAAAUAAGGGAUUAAUCAAUCCAGCAUUAAAAGAAGUACCCAGGAGUAGGAUUGUGGAGGAGUUGUGAUUUGGGAGGCACCUAUGGUGAUGGAUGGAGUGCAUGACUCUUUCAGAAUUUUGGAAUGAUUGAACAUUCUAGUUCCAACCUUUUGACCCUCAAAUAAGUUCCAAUGGGAGCUUGUUAGAUUUUAGCAAUAGUGAGUAAAAGUGCCUACUGAACUUUUAAAUGUUCAAAUAAAAACCAACAUUUGUUCGCUUUUUGUCUAAAUCUAUGAAUUUGCUCUUUUAUUAAAAAAUGACUAAAUCAGAUGCCAAAAAAUAAUUAAAUUACAUGGUCAUAGCAUUUCUUUAUACUAACACAAGUGGCAACUAAAGUGUUUUAUAAAUUGAGAGUCUUGACUAAUUUGCUAUUGCGUAUUUAAAUCAUUUUCUUUGGGACUUUAUGGGAAGAAAGGAAAAUUAUUCCAUUUUUUUCUUUGUUCACUUGUAAUGCAUUAUUCUUUUAGUGGUUACCUUGGAAAUCACAAUAUGCAUUAUUAACUUGUUAUAAUCAUGAAAAUUAUUACUUUUUUUAUUUCUCCAAGAAUGCUAACCUUUGAACACUUUAAAUUCCAUGAAUACCCUCCCAUAUUUUAUGUUACUGUUGUCAUGUAUUUAAUUUUACACACAUUUUAAACCCCUCAAAUUAUUACUAAUAUAUACAUGUCAAUAUCAUUUAUAUUUACCUGCAUAUUGCAACUCUCUAUUGCUCUUCAUUUUUUUCCUGAUACUCCAUGUUUCCCUGUGUGAGUAUUUCCCUCUGCCUGAAGAACUCCUUUUGUAUUUUCUUUUAGUUCAUGAUUCUUAUGGUGAAUCUUCUGUUUUUGAUGGCGAGAAAAAUGUGUUCUUUUAUUUUUUAAGCUUUAUUUAAAAAAAUUAUAUAAAAAUUUGUAUAUAUUUAGUGUAUAAAUUUUUAUGAAUUUGGCCUCCCUUCAUUUUUAAGGAAUUAUUUUCCCUGGACAUAGAAUUCUAAUUUUGGAGAAAUUUUAUUUUGAUAUUUUAAAGUUUUGUUCCAUUGUCUUACGGCUUCUAUUGUUCCUUCUGAGAAAUCAACUGUCAGUAUUAUUGUUGCUCCUUUGAAGGUAAUGCAUUCCCCUCCUUCCCCAGCUGUUUUUGUGAAUACCUAGUCUUCUUUGAUUUUUAGCAGUUUACGAUAUGUGCUGGUGUGAUUGUCUUUGUGUUUAUCAUGCUUUGGAUUCAUAGAGCUUUCAAUCUCUAUGAAUUGAUAUUUUCAUUAGUUUUAGAAAAUUAUGUUAUUAUCUCUUCAUAAUUGCUUUUUUCCUACUCUCCUUUCCUUCUGGAAUUUGAAUUACACAAAUUUUAGGCUACUUAUUGCAUUCCACAUACUCUAAGGCUCUUUUCUGUAUUUUUCCCAUUCUUUCACAUUUUUGUACUUCAGUUUGAAAAUUUUCUGUCAACAUGCUCUCUAAUUUACCAGUCUCAUCUUUUUGCUUUUCUAGUCUGCUUUUAAACAGAUCUUAUAAGUUCUUAAUUUUAAGUGUUGUACUUUUUUAGUUCUAAAAAUAACCAUUUGAUUCUCUUUUAUAAAUUCCAAUUCUCUGUUGAAAUUCUCCAUAGGUGUGUUUUUCCUUCAUAUUUUUAAUUUAUUUCUUGAACUUAUUAAGCAUACUUUUAAAAGCCCUUGUUAGCUAAACUUCACUAUCUGGUUUACCUGUGGGUAUAUUCUGUCUUUUGAUUUUUUAACCAGGUGUUCUUGCCUUUUGGAAUAUCUAGGAGUUGUUUUUUUUUUAAUUGAAUUUCAGAUAUUAUGUAUUUUUAAAAUAUUGCACUCCCAGCUGAUAAUACCUUUCACUAGAGAGGAUAUACUUUCCUCUGUGCUGAGUAGAGUGGUAACCACUUGUUUAAAUUCAAUCAAAGACUGAAUUGUAUGUCCAGAAGCUGGUUGUACACCUGAAAAAAGCUUUGUCAACCUGUUUUACCCUUGACCUUCCAGCCUGAAAGUCAACUGAGAGCCUGUGUAUUCUGUGAGGCCCUUGUCCUAAAACAGUUUGAACUGUUAAUCUUUCCUCACAAAAGUGAUGAAAAGCAGUACUCUGCUUUUCAGAGACUUUCCACUUAGGUUUUAGCAUCCUGACCCACACAGAGCCCACAUUCAUCAAAUGUGCUAGGAGGAAAACUAGCCAUUUACUUUGGGUUCCAAUUCUGCUUAGUGUUCUUAUUUAUGUGUCCCCUAGCAGAUGCCCUUUGUUCAAACAAAGCCCAGAUUCUCAGGCUCUUGGCAGAGUUCACAAUUGGCAAAUGAUCCCAGGAUAAAAGUGGCUCUUGGGGGUUCUUCCCUCCAUGGAGUUGUGGUAUGCAGAAUAACGAUUCCCCAAAGAUGUCCAAAUCCUAAUCUCCAGAAGUGUAAAUACGUUAUCAUCCAUGAUGAUACAAUUAGAGUGUACAAUUUGCUGAAUGUUAAUAAUUUUAUGCAAUCAUAUAACCUCUACCACAAGUUUUCGGAUCAUUUCCUUCAUGUGUUACAGGAAGCUGCCUCUUCUGUUAGAGGGCUUGCUGUGCUUAAUAUGUACAUUAACUCUCUUGGCAAGAACCUUCCCCUUAACCUUGUUAGUUUACCCAGCACGCCAAGGUUAGGCAUGCUGGGUAACAUUGUAGACUCUCCUGGUUUUGCCAUGGCAACAUUGGUGGGGCAUUCCCUUGAUGUGUAGAAUAUUACUGUCCUGUGCACUCACAUGUAUGUGGCCAAAGGAACAGCUCCAUGCUUUCUAAUAGACCUAGAGAACAUUUAACAGGUUCCUCUCCUCUUUCCCUUUGUUUUUGUCAUUUUGGUGAACUAAUUGGAAUGUGGUGGUUCUGGCUGAAGCCCUAAUAGCCUUUUGUGGUGCUUCAAGAUGAAUCAAGGUGAAUCAAGAUGUUUUGUGCUGGAUGCUGACUAUGCAUACAGACUCUUUGCUGUAUUCUGGCUCCCAAAUUUUAGUGGAUUGUAAAGUGUAUUCAUUAUAUUAUAGCCAGUUGAGAUCUUGUUACAAACAUACGAAUCACCAUUACCAGCUGGUUAUCAUCAUAUUAUAAAAAAUAAAUCAUUAUGAAGGACCACAGAUUCCAUUUGCAAGCUGUUAUGCUAUCAGUUAAAAAAGAAAAAAAAAAUCCCUGAUGCCAAUUUCAUUUUGCCUGUCAGUGGGUUCUACUGUUUUAUUUUUUAAUCCCUGUAUAAUAGUUUAAGGAAAUGUAUUUAUUCUAGAAAGGAAGGAAUUCUAGGAAGAACAGUUGUAUAUUUAUAUGGUGACGAUUUUUCCUUAAUAUUAAAUGUUGAUUUCCAUU